ACAUGUUGCUGCUCUCCGGCUGUGUGCGUUUUGGCAACUCCAGAGGCUGCAGACGCUGAUAGGGGAUUUAACUGAUCACUUGACAGACAGUCAUUUGAAGAGGAAGACGGGAACACACACGCAAAUAAAAACGCAGCUGGACCAGAAGGACUAACAGACAUACUUAUUAACUUCUUAGCUUUUUUAGAGUUUGACCACAACUGAGAGGAAGAAAUUUUGUGGCAGUUUUUGAACCCCAGAGUUUUUUUUUCUACACGGACUUACAGCAGCAGGAUCUGGAGAUUUGAGGAUGCAGAGGGGGAGUGAAACUUACAUAGAUUGUAAUCACUGAAAUUAGGAGAAGACUGACGCCUAGAGUCUGCAGACUUUAAGGAGGGUGGAAAAGAAGAAAAGAGUUUAAACUCAGAGGAAGUAGUUUGGAUAUUCUCAAAGGCCUUGAAUCAAUUUGGACUAAAAGUCACUUUCUUCUAAUACGUUGGGAAGAUAAUCUUGACUUUAGUUUUUGGUAAUUUCCUCAACAUUUAACUGGACAUCUCUGCUUCUGCAUCAAAGCUUCUCCAGUAAGAGGAGCAUGUUUUAAAGCCUCUUUAGCCUCCUCCAUUUGGUGUGUCUGGAUCUCCCUGACAGGUUGUGUCUGGCUUACACACACACACCCACACACACACACUGCUGUGCAGCUGGAAGAUCAAGAGCUCGUGUUGCACACACCGGCACUAGGAGACAGAGUGUGUGUGGUCCAAGGGUCUCAACUGGUCUGAGAAACUGAGUCAAAGAGGCUCUCAUACUGCUAGGUUACUGCUCAGAGGAAGCGAGCACAGCCAAGGGAUGAAGAUGAGCCGGACUCUGUGCAGACUCUCCUGCUUUGUGACUCUGGUAGUGGAGCUGAGCUCGAUAAAUGUUGGCCACAGCAUGCACAGAGAGGCUGGGACUACGGUAAGUUUUAUGUCAAGUUCAUUUGUCAUAUGAAAAUUAAUUUCUAAGCAGCGAUGUAAAAAACUAAUCUUGAAGUAAUUCUUUAUUUUAUUCAGUGAUCUGACAGAUUUUGCUCCACAUUGUUACAAAAUAAAAGCAAAAACUCCACAGUAUGAGUUUCAGAUACUUGUGGUGUGUUCAGGACUCUGGUUUUGUAUAUUUCUCUCCCUGUGUUGUUAUAUUUUACCGCUAAAUCUUGCCCAGUUGCUGCCAGUGCAGUACGCUCACGUGCAUGCCACCCAAGCCAAAACCAAAACCUAUUACGUUUGUAUUUUCAUGUGGCCAGAAGAGGAACUGCACAACAUCAUGUCAGCAUCAGAGGACAGUUUCACACAAAUAUUUACCUCUGUACUAAAACUGACUUUGUUUAAUCAACUGUCUUUACCUUCCCUCUCCACGUCUGUCAUCUCUUUCUCAGGCCCGCUCUGCCUCUGUUUCCCAUUAGUUGGUCCAUCCCCUGGUAGAAAUUAUGAUGGGGAAACCUCCCUGUUUUCUGUUGUUGUUUCUUUGAUUUAAGUGGAAGCAGUUACCCAGCCAACCUGCCCCACCCUCUGUUCUCCAAGGCACCGAACACAUCAGAGGGCUCGCAUUGUUACGGCUGUUCAGAGAAAAUCAAGUGAACAUUGUGCAGACAAGUGCAAUGUUCCAUGACAGUCCUUUCUGACGUGUCUGCCUUAAUCGCCAAAAGAAAAGUGUCUGAGGAGCCCUGAGCUUUACUUUCCUCUCCACUCUGGUUCUCAGGAAGGUCCUGUCUCUGAAUCUUUAGUCUUAUCACAUGUUCUACAAGUCCAAACAGGAAAAAUCGUUCACACAGGACAUUACUGUAGGGUUACUAUGACAAGGAAUAAUGCUUACAUAAUACAAACAUAGACGUUUGUAUUUGCUUCCUCUCUGCUUCUGUUUAGUUCUGGUUUAUGUCACUGUGGGAACUUUGCCCCACUGUGGCAGCCUGACAGGUGGUUUUACAGUUUCCCCCAGCUCUAAAUCACAGCACCUCUUCUUUUAAUGGAGAGGUGCCAAACAUAAUCUGAUAUUUUAUGCUCUGGUAUGUAUACGUGCAUGUGUACAUACAGUACAUUUCUUUAAGUGGAUGGCAUGACUACCUUCUCUUAAAUCCUGCUGCUGUCGUCCCCCUCACAUGUAAGUUGUACUUUUGACAGAGACAUGCAGCUUCAGAAUGAGCAGCAACAAAAAGUAUCCAGGCAGAGUGGAGCAGACUCACAUUUGCAGCAGCAGCAGCAGCUGUUGAUAAUCACACUCUAAUAGCUGUGACUUGAGGCUGAGAGCUCCACAUCUCUGCACACCAUGCAUUAUGUCAGCUGAGCCUCAGUGUGAGGUGCGUUAGCAGGAAAUGAUGCAUGUAAUGUAGCUCUAAAUGCAUUUAAUGGUGUUUGGUUCAGUCAGAUAUAUCUCACUCUGGCUAAUGUAAAAGCAUACCAUUACCAUCAACAUUAGGAACAACAGAGUUGUAUGCACUCAUGAUGCUAAAAGACUUAUGCUAUUGUUAAGACACUACAUAUACAAGAGUAUUCCUCUUGUUGGCUGUGGUUUAAAAGGGAGGAGGAGGGCUGCAGGCCUGGAGCUGAUGGGCAGUGACCUGGCCACCACUGCUGACCCGCCAACUGGAGGGUGUAGCGGUUAAGGGUCGAAACACCGAGAGAAGGUUGGGCACCGUCUGAGGACAUCGGCUCCAGGCCAAAAGCCACAGUCGUUUAGAGAGCGGCCUGAUGUAUGCAACAAGUCCCCAAAUGCUCCAUCUUCCUCUCUAAAUAUUGCACUUCAUUAAUCCUUCACAAUCUUAGCUGGAUGCAUGAAUUUCGUUUCUGAAAUUUCCUCCAUAAAAUUCCACAUUAAAUACACAAUUAUGUAAGUCCUUACCUAGCUGCCAAUUAUGAAACGAAACGACAGCAACAGAAGUUUUCAACUUAUUAGGAGUUAAUUCUAUAGUCUAAUCUGUAUGGAGUAGCAAAUUAUUGCAAAGGACACCCUCUUUAAAAUCUGAUUCAACCUGUUGGCAUGUAAUCCUUUGCCUCGUUGAGACAAAAGUUUAUACAAACGAUAAUUUAGUUGUUUUUGGAGUUAUUAGAAAAAAAAAAAAAAACUAAUUGAAGAGAUUUGAGUUACAGGGUCAAACCGAACUUCAGUCUGCUGUCUGUUUCACAGCGCUUUGUUUGCUCCACUCUCGAUUUCAUUCAGUGAGUUUUUACAAAGAAAACUGGAAAAAAAAAGAUGAUGUAACUCAUGUCAUAACAGAAGUAGCGGCUCUAAACACUAAAUUUGUACCUUGUUAGGACAAGGUUGAUCAGUACGGACCUUCGCUAUUGUUGACAAAGACCAAUCAGAAUCAAGACACCCCCUCUUCAUUUUGAAUGGACGGUGGUCAAGGUGUGACACUUCCAAAAGUUUACUGUCGGGGCAGUUGGAUUGGCGUGACGCCCCCUCAGAUCCUGGUCUUGAUUCGAAGCAGAAAUCUGUCUUUACGGAGAGUUCAGUGAGUCUUGUCUCAAUGUGUGUUGUGUGUUUCCUCUUGCUGAACCUCCUUUACUGCUGGAGCCUGCAUUCAUUAACACAGCUGUCAAUCAAAAUAGCUAACUAAAUCAUAGCUUCUUAAGAAACCAACAUAAUUAUAUAUAUACACAUCAGUAUGUGUAAAACAGAAACCAUGUGGUCUAAUUUUCUUGUUUCACCCAGAUAAAAUCAGUUUUAGGGGAAGCUCUAAAGGUUUUGGCUUCACUUUGGGAAGGUUGUUGUGCCAUCAAUGUUUUCCACAGUCUGUGCUCAAACUAGAAAUAUGAACAUCAAGAUGACUUUUGAGUUUGAGUUGAGAAAUCAUCAAAAGCAGUAGAGGUGAUCAAAUAGGGAAAAAAAUAGGGACCAUUGAGUCAUCCAGCUAGAACAGCAGUGGGCAAUCAUGUGCCAUGGAGGGCCGAGAGGCUGCAGGUUUUCUUUCCAACCCAAAACUCCACCAGGUGAUUUCACUGAUUACCUUACCUCCAAGCAGAGAGCAGGGACAAAUCAGUGAAAUCACCUGGUGGAGUUUUGGGUUGGAAAGAAAACCUGCAGCCUCUCGGCCCUCCAUGGCACAUGAUUGCCCACCCCUGAGCUAGAAAGACAAAAAGUUUCUUCAGUCUUUUGAUGCAUGACUUUGGUUUUUGAUAAGAGACACACACGUGUAUGUAUUUCACUAUCCAUGAUUAGUAUUGGUAGUUUAUGGUGGUUUUAAGAGACAGCCAAAGAGGCUCUGACUCUUGUAAUAAUUAUGUCUGUGAAAAACCUCUUCCUCUUAUGUGUGCAGGGGUUGAAGCAGUGGGAAAGGAAGGUGCGUUCAGCCUCCAGCCUUGACGAGCUGCUGAUGCUCGCAGACUUUCCCGACUGGAAGUUGUGGAAGUGUCGAAUGAGUCUGCAGCAGCCAGAGACCCUCUCAUCUCCACCGUUAGCAGGCUCACAUCGCUCUACACGCUAUGCUGCUGAGUCUUACAGCCUGGAGAUAUUGAAAGGUUUGACCGAAAAUUACAGGUUUUUUACAUUUAAGUUUUUUUUUGCCACUUUUCUGGUUAUAACUAUUGUGUGAUAAUCUUGUUUAGCAAUAGACGAGGAGUGGCAGAGGACUCAGUGCAUGCCGAGGGAAACCUGUGUCGAUGUGGCCAAAGAGCUGGGCACAGACCCCUCCAUGUUCUUCAAGCCACCUUGUGUGUCUGUCCACAGGUUUGUUUAACAUUAAACUAGGAUCAGUUCUUCGCACCACAUUACUUUCUUGAUAUCCAUCAAACAGAUCAAACGAUAAGACACAUAUUUUAGAAGGCAAAUGCACAUGUUUCCAAAAUGUGACCACAUUCUGACUUCCCAAAAAGAGGACGCGACUACACAAGGGCAGAGUCACAAAGCCGCACAAAGUUAAUUUUGAGAGUUUUCACGUCUGAUCGAGUGACUUUUAUGCACUUCUAACUCAGUAAGUCCAUGUGACACAAAAUAGAAACUUACGUAUAAAACUGCAGACAUUUGAAGGAUUUUAUAAACUUUUCCAGACAAAGCCGGACAAACCCAGACAGCCCCCCAAAAAAGGACAUGUCCGGGUAAAAGAGGGUGUAUGGUCACCCUGUGAAAAGAGCUUUAUUUGACCUUUGGCCCAGUACACAUUUUUAAAAACCCUCAUAGGGCCUGAACUCCUCAGAAUCUAUGACAACAUCCCACCUGACACCCUGUCAAAAAGGUAAACUUCUCUGCCACACACAUGACCAUCAGAUUUAACCUUGUUUCCAUCCACAGAUGCGGUGGCUGCUGUAACCAAGAGGGCGUCACCUGCAGAAACACAACUGUUGAAUAUGUGAACAAAACUGUGAGUGACCAAAUCUCUUUGAUGAACCCGCAACAGCAGCCUCAGUUGUCAGUGGUCUUACCCCGUCUCAUACUUUGUGUGUGUCUGUGGGAUUUUGUGCGAUCCAGGUCCUGAGUGUGAUUCCAUUCAAGUUCGUCCCAGAGCCUGUGCUAAUAAAAGUAGUCAAUCACACAGAGUGCAGGUGCAUGGAGCCCGCCAUAAUACGGCGUAAUGCUCAACCUGGCAGCAGCGGCAGCGGGUGAGUUCAAACCUGAGGCAGUCUUGUUUUUCAAAGACCUGAUAAGAUGUUCAAAUUACGGCUCUAAUCCCUUUGAUUUGUUGGCAGCUGCUCCCCUAUGAGCCAGCUGUCAGACACAGAGGACUCCAGGAGACUUUGUGCCAGUGGGCUGAUUUGGGAUUGUUCAGCUGACAGAUGUAUACCCUACCCUUCCAGUACACCAGGUCUGUAUUUGUGAGAGUGGCCCCGUAGCAUGAGAACACUUUUUAAAGCAUAAGAAUCUUGUUUUCAUAUCAUUUUUAGCCGUACUUUGUGAAUUUGUUCAUCAGCAAACAUACUGAUGUAGUGAACUAGACACGGAAAAACACACCUAUUGAGUGGCAUUGUAUUUGUAAGGAUACAUCAGCAGACUUUCUAUACUUUACAGUAACAACGUCCUCAUUAUAAUUUCUUUGUCCAGAGUUCCCACUCAGCUCUUUGAUGCCUGACUGUGAGAUAGACAUCGAUCGCUGUGAUUGUCUUCCAAGAGCUGUAUCGACUCCACCGCCAAGGCAACGCUGUCAUCUUAACUCCUCCAUCUGCGCCCACAGACAUCAACGUUUUGAUCAAAACUCCUGCAGGUAAAGCUUAUGUAUAAAAAUCUAUACUUUAAAAAUGGAAGCCAUCUUUAUCUUAAGUUACGAAAACGAUAGCAAGGAAAUCAACCCUGGAAAAAAAGUGUUUUCUGUAACUCCUGCUUUGUCUAAUUUCAUAGACUUAUAGAAAUGAUCUCUGUUUUAUUCACAGAUGCAGAUGGCCCAAGUAGAUCUCCACAUAAGAAAAAAUAACGACAACCUGCUCGCCAAGGAUGUUUUGGAUGUUGAAGGCAGAGAAAAAAAGACUCAUAAUUUAUUUACAGUCCUAUUUAUGCUGAUCACUUUAACGAAUGAAGAUGAUAUUAACUCACAUGACAAGGUUCUUGAUUUUUUACAUGCAUACUUUACGCUCCAAUCUGUUUGUAAAGUUCUUGAUUUGUACAUUUGUUCUUUGUGCACUGAAUAUGUAGUUUAAAGAUUAAAGAUUAUUUUUAUAUGAUUUGAA